ACUUCUGAGGGGGUCCAAAUCUUAGAAAGCCUUGAAAAAGUAAUCCACGACGGGCAGAAGCUGACAGCUGGAGUCCUGCUGCAGUAUGCGGGCUUGCGACCAGUUCGUGAAUUCGUCGAGAAGAACUCAGAGUCCGUUUUGCUUCCCGCUACACCGACUCGCAGCUCGGAAUAUGUUUUUCGCUUGGUGGGGAAAACCGACAUGAUGGAGAAAUUUAUUGCACAGUAUGCAGAUUAGAAUACGCCGUUAAAUAAAAUUGGAAUUUUUGUGAAUCAACUGCGCGAAACUCACGAUCAAGGCCGUGUCCCUGCAGUCGCAAAUUCGUCUAUCUGGGUUCCGCAUUAUUAGAUACGACCACGGUCUCGCGCGGUAGUGCAACGACGGACGCGGAUCAGCUGUAACUUACUGGCGUUGCUCACAUUUCGCGUGCCUUUUGGUCUUUAAUAAUUUUUUUUUGUCUCGCAUUUAACACAAGUGCCGUUUAAUUUACGAAUGUCCAGCAGCUGAUUAAUGUCCAGCUGAUUAUUUCGAUUAACUGUUAUUUUUUUCUAUUGCGUUUUGGGUUAGUAAAUCCUGUCGGCGACGAGAUGGAGGAUUAGUUUUGGUUAGAGCAAUAAACUAAUGACAUAGUCGCCGCUGUUAUAGUAAUCGUUCACGACGGGCGCAUUGAGCAACACAUGGCCAAUGCCGCUCCAACUGUUGGCCUACUGUUACGCCAAGAAUCUCCCGCUGCAUGCUUUGGAAGGACGUAAUCACAAGUGUGGUAUUUAACUAGAAAGUUUAUGGGAAUGAUAUUUUUAGAAUCGCAUAAUCUAACCGUUAGGUUUCUCUCUGAAGAUUGUCACUGUGUUCGUUGGAUGCGACACUUCUCCAGCACAGCGGUUGUUUAAGAGUGCUCUUGGCAUUCAUAGGGAUCACAUCUCUCAGCAGCGCGAUAACUUCGUCUGAUGAGCUGUGCAGUAGGACAUUAGGGUAAACAGUAAAUAGUCCUCAUAAAAACCGGUUUUGUUUGCACAACGCCCCAACCAUGUAUCCCACAAUACCGAUGGCCAUCAGGAAUCUGGCGUUUGUGCAGAUUGUCAUUGGAGCGAUACUGGUCAUCAUUGACAUCGCAGCUUUCGCCACCAGCGGUUAUCAUUACGGAUAUUACGAGGGAUGGCGAGGAUUUUCCGGCGGCGCGGUAAUGAUCAUUACCGGCAUCUUCGGUGUUUUGGCGACACGUGGCAGCACACUACCGGGGGAGCGCGCGGAUCGACGCUGUCUGCUGAUCACCACGAUGAUCCUCAGUAUCAUCGUGGCCAUCAAUUCCCUGGUACAGUUCAUAUGGGUGGCCAGCAUUAUUGACCGGCAGUGGAGAGUGAGCGACAUGGCGCUGGGAAUUAUCACCGUCGUCCUUUUUGUCAUAGCGGUGGUGGCCAGUAUUGCGCAGGCUGUCUAUACCGGGCGUGUCCUAAACGGUUAACCGGCAUUCAGGAAUAGUAAAACUGUUCAACCAUGUGACGAAAUGAAUUCUUCCUAACGUUUCGAAGUUUUUGCGUUACUAUGGUGGAGGCGUGGAAAGAAACAACACCCAGGUUUUUUGUACGUAUUGUUUCGAACAUAUAAUCAACAUUGUUUUUAUUGUAGUGAUAAUUGCAUGACUUUUUUUUAUUUUGGCUGUAUUGCUGACAUUUAUUUUCGUGGAGUUCCUUACGACUUGUUGGGCAUGUUAGUUUUCACAUUGUGGCGAAUUUGAUUGUGAUUGCAGUUGCUUCUGUGGGCUUUGUUAAACGAAUUUGCUGGUGAAUAUUACCGUUACGAUUCGUAAAAAUAAAUAUUUAAACUAACCACACUAAUUUUUACUAAAGACGCUAUAUAUAAAUUAAUAUAGUUGACCUCUUCUGUAAUUGCCACAAGAAAAAUGAACCAGCAGGUAGUUCUGUAGAUAGUAAAUUGCCA